AUGAACAAACUCGCCCACGGGGGCCCCUACCCUGGUCGAGAGGACGACGAGGCGGCUAUUCUCGCCUUCUGCAACAUUCAGAAGGCUGCCGCUCUACCGCACACGAGGCAGCAUGUGUCGGGUGUGCCACCGAGAGCCCCGCCGGUCGCAUCGCACGAUUUUGCGGUCCCGGCGGUGGCGGCCUCGGCGGGAGUUGCGCCGCUGGCCUCGACCACUGAAGAGGUCGAUGUGCCCCCGGUUGCCCCCCUGGCCCCGGAGACACGAGAAGAGCCCGUGGCUGCGCUAGCUGCAGCUACCGAGAUGGAGGACAUGGACCUGCCCGACGCCAAUCUGGCUGAGGCGAUUGCCGAGUCGGAGCGCCGUGACACCGACCUUGACGCUCCCCGCGCGCCCAGAAAGCGCCGGGCUGUGACGCAUGACGACUCUGACACUCCCUCUCAGACAUCUGAAGGAGCGAGGCCGCGGAAGAAGGCCACCAGGGCCUCCCGCACCUCCACCACCGAGUCUGGGCUGACUCUCGCGGGCUCCUCCCGGAGCACCGCCGCGCAGAAAUCGACGAAGACCACGCGGCGGCCCACUCGUUCACCUGCUGCUUCCCGACAGCCGGACGAGGAUGGUUUUGUCGCCCCGCCCCGGCGGCACACUGCCAGGGCCGCUGCGCUGCAGCUACCGACCCCGCUGCCGACCGCCAACACGUUUGCGGGCGUCAGCGACGAUGCGAUGGAGGAUGGCGCCGCGCCUCCGGCGCCGGCCCAAAAGAAGCCGCCGCCUAUAGUCAUCCAGUGGGCUGGCGAAUACAAGGAGUUCCAGCAAAAACUGGACAGGCUCGGACAUGCGAGCCAUCAUGAGCUGCAUUGCGUCGAGGAGACGGUCAAUGCGGUCGCCAUCUUGUCGGGGGCCGACAACAUGGUCGCUUCCCGUCUCCCGGUUGCCGCCAUUUUGUUGGCUGGCGUCGACGUGGGCUGCGGGAGUUUGCUGCUGUACCGUGGUUGGCCGCUGCUGCCGUGGAGGUUGCUGCUGAACCGUGGUUGGCCGCUGCUGCCGCCAUCGCGGUUCGGGGAAGUCCGCCAUGCUGGCCUGGUCCGGGGCGGGCGGCGCUGA